AUGGCGGGGAAGAGGGGUGCCGCUACUCGUGCCAGAGCAGGCAGAGUCGGAGCAACAGAAGCUGCUCCCAGUGGAAACGGAGGGAGUGAGCAGGACGCCUCAUCAGCAGGCAACGCAGCAGACGAAAGGGUGUCGAGGAGCCAAAAUGGGGAGGCGAACCCCAGCCCUGCGACCAAGCAGCCUACACCCCGGCCCAAACCUGUGGCUGAGGAGGGCUCCUGUCACGCCUCAGAAGCGACCGAGUUCUACGUCCCUGCCGACGUGCUGGAGGAGGAGGAGAGGCUCAGGAUUGCGCGAGAGGAGGCGGAGAGCAAGCCCAAGGCCGCUCCCGUCGAGCUGGUGCUCGGCAACGAGUCCUUCAAGGCCCUGGAGACGCUGCUGAACAAGUCGCAGCUUUACACCCAGUUCCUGGCGGAGAACAUGGCCAGUGCCGAGACGGAGCAGCUCGAGUCGGAGGCCAAGGCCCCAAGCCCGGGAGAGGGCGACGGCCCGUUGGGGAAGAAGCGCAAGGCUGCCGGGCGCACAGGCGGCGCCAAGAAGAAGGCGGGCAAGGCGGCUGCGGCGCCCUCUGCGGCCCAGGAGCUGUGCCCCGGCCUGGUCGGCGAGCUGCGGGACUACCAGCUGCGCGGCAUCCGCUGGCUGGCCUCCCUGUUUGUCAACGGCAUCAACGGCAUCCUGGCGGACCAGAUGGGCCUGGGCAAGACGGUGCAGACCAUCGGCAUGCUGUGCCACCUGCGGGGCAAGGCCAUCCUGGGGCCCUACCUGGUGCUGGGCCCCCUCUCCACCCUGCACAACUGGGUUUCCGAGUUCCAGCGCUGGGCGCCAGACUUCCCGGCGCUCCUCUACCACGGCUCCAAGGCCGAGCGCGCCCAGCUCUGGUCCACGCGCCUCAGCAAGCCAGUGGAUGGGAGCUUCCCGGUGGUCGUUACCUCUUAUGAAAUCCUGCUGGCCGACAUCCGCAACUUCCAGAAGGUGUCCUGGAAGUACCUGGUGGUGGAUGAGGGGCACCGCCUGAAGAACCACAACUGCCGGCUCAUCCGCGAGCUGCGCACGCUGCGGGUAGACAACAAGCUGCUCCUGACGGGCACGCCGCUUCAGAACAACCUGACGGAGCUCUGGUCGCUGCUCAACUUCAUCCUCCCCGAGGCCUUCUCCUCCCUGUCAGACUUUGAGUCGUGGUUUGAGUCCAUGGCCGACGCCGGCGGGCAGCAGGAGGACGAGGUCCGGCAGCAGACAGCAAAGGUGGUGGAGAAGCUGCAUGCCAUCCUGAAGCCCUUCCUCCUGCGCCGAGUGAAGAGCGAUGUGGAGACCAGCCUGCCCGGCAAGCUGGAGGUGGUGCUGUAUGCACAGCAGUCCGCCAAGCAGCAGGAGCUUAAUAAGCAGCUGAAGGACAAGACUCUGCGGGAGGCUCUGAGCAAGAGCGGAGGCGCUGGAGGCACGUCUCUCGCGUCCCUGAACAAUAUGCUGAUGCAGCUGCGCAAGAACUGCAAUCACCCCGACCUCAUCACGGCGGCAUUUGACGGCUCGGUCUUCUUUCCCCCGCCAGAGGAGCUGGUGGCCGACUGCGGCAAGAUGGCGCUGCUGGAGAAGCUGCUGAAUAGGUUACUACCUGCGGGGCACAAGACGCUGAUCUUCUCCCAGAUGACGUCCAUGCUGGACGUGCUUUCCAGCUACCUGGAGGCGCGCGACAUCAAGCACUGCCGCCUGGAUGGGUCCGUGUCCUGGCAGGACCGCCAGGAGGCCAUGAAGCUCUUCACGUCCGACCCCGAGCACAAGGUGUUCCUGCUUUCCACCCGCGCCGGCGGCCUGGGCAUCAACCUGACGGCGGCGGACACCUGCAUCAUCUACGACUCGGACUGGAACCCGCAGCAGGACCUGCAGGCCAUGGACCGCUGCCACCGCAUCGGCCAGCGCUCGCCGGUGCUGGUCCUGCGCCUGGCCAGCGCGCGCAGCGUGGAGGGCAAGCUGCUGGAGCGCGCCGCGCGCAAGCUGCAGCUGGAGCGCAUGGUGAUCAAGUCGGGCGCCUUCCUGCACGCCGACGACGCUGCGGCGGGGAGCAUGAGCAAGGAGGAGCUGCUGGACGUCAUCUCGGGCGCCGGGAGCGGCGAGCACGACCUGGCGCAGUCGGGUGACAUCAGCAACGAGGUGCUGGACCAGCUGCUGGACCGGAGCCACCUGGAGGCAGGAUCAAAGCGGCCGUACCCCGACCGGGGGGUCGGAUACGAGGUCGUGCACCAGCUGAGUGGCAGCGGGCUGCUGGCGGGCGUGGAGUAG